AGCAGCAGAGAGAGACAGCAAGGUGCCAGGAUCCAGAGAACUCCGGGAGAGGAACUACAAAUCCCGGGCACCCGGAGGACUGUGCCAUAAGGAGCCCAUUCUCCUGCUUGGAUUGUUAACUACUUCAUUCCCAUUUUUCUGCAUAUUCCAGAAGAAUUCCAGAAGGGAAGAGGCGUCGGGUGGGCUCGGGGGCUCCGCAGGAGUCUUCUCCCCCCCUGGACAUUAUCUGGAGAUAACUGACAGUCUUCCUGCUGCAUCCGUACUGGAUUUAUUUGCUGCUUGGCUCCUGCAGACAUUCCGGGAGGGGGGCUCCGUGCAGCCCACCUGCUCUCCUAUCCUUCACACUUUGUGGAGAUCACAGGCAUAAGGUGGGACUUGGCAUUUUUUUUCUUGGCAAAUCCACAAUUGCAGAUAAGGGGAGCCGGCGGUGGGCACUGGACUGCGUAAAUGAAUGGACGCUGCUGUCUGCUCUGGAUCAGAUGGGGCUGAGGGAGGUUUGGGGCUGAGCUGAGCCUCGGACUCCCUGUCAUGCUCCCAGACACCUCCACAUCCCUGCACAUCUUGAGUCAUGAGGACGCGGUAUAAGUGCCCAUCUAGUGCCCUCUGAUGCCUUCUCCCUGACACAUUGCGCAUGCAGAGCAGGUGUCGGGGUCCUAGGCAGCCCCCCAUUCUUCCAUCCUUACAUUGGAGCUGAGACUGCAGCACAGAAGGCGAGAAGAAGCCAAGUAGUGGACCCCUCACCCAGCCGGACCCCGAUUGUGUAGAUGUGUGUUGUGCCCCUUGGUUGUGUAGCCUGCACCUUGCAUUUCCCCGCCUGAGCCCUGUCAGCCCCUCAGUGUGACACUUCAGGGGGCAGCAGAAGACACUAUGUGGUCGUGUAUGUGGAGGGAGAUGGAUAUUUUGCACAUUUUGCUUCUUCUGGUCGUGUCGUGGAGUCGUAGUCGGGCGCUGAUCAAUCUGAAGUACUCGGUGGAGGAGGAGCAGAAAGCGGGCACCCAGAUCGCUAACGUAGCUAAGGACGCUAAGGAUGCGGGCUUCGUGCUGGACCCCCGGCAGCCAGCCUUCAGGGUGGUCUCCAACUCUGCCCCCCACCUGGUGGACAUCAAUGCCUCCGGGGUGCUGGUCACCAAGCAGAAGAUCGACCGGGACCUUCUGUGCAGACAGAUGCCCAAAUGUGUCAUCUCCCUGGAGGUCAUGUCCAACUCCAUGGAGAUCUGUGUCAUCAAGAUCGAGAUCAAAGAUCUGAACGAUAAUGCCCCCAGCUUCCCCACCGACCAGAUCGACCUGGAGAUCUCGGAGACGGCCAGCCCCGGCACCAGGAUCCCCCUGGAGAGCGCAUACGACCCCGACUCGGGCAACUUCGGGGUGCAGUCGUACGAGAUCACCCCAAACGAUCUGUUCGGCUUAGAGAUUAAAACCCGGGGGGACGGAUCCAGGUUUGCAGAAUUGGUGGUAGAAAAGAACCUGGACCGGGAGACCCAAUCCCACUACAACUACAUCAUCACGGCCCUGGAUGGGGGGGACCCCUCUAAUUUCGGGACAGUGGAGCUGAAUAUUAAGGUGAUCGACUCCAAUGACAAUAACCCGGUGUUCGAGGAAGCGGCUUACACCGUCAAUGUCCCGGAGAACGCCCCCCUCAACUCCAUCGUCAUCGAUCUCAACGCGACCGAUCCAGACGAGGGCACCAACGGGGAGAUCGUCUACUCCUUCAACAGCUACGUGUCCGACAAGACCCGGGAGCUCUUCAAGAUCGACCCCAAGACCGGAGUCGUCACCGUUAUCGGGGCCAUAGACUAUGAGGAGGGCCACGUCUAUGAGAUCGAUGUCCAAGCCAAGGAUCUGGGACCCAACUCCAUCCCCGCUCACUGCAAAGUGACAGUCAAUGUGCUGGAUGUCAAUGACAAUGUGCCUGUCAUCAACCUGCUGUCAGUCAACAGUGAGGUGGUGGAGGUGAGUGAGAAUGCGCCCCCCGGCUAUGUCAUCGCCCUGGUGAGGGUCUCAGACAGGGACUCGGGCAUCAAUGGUCGGGUGAUGUGCAAACUCCUGGGCAAUGUCCCCUUCAGGCUGCAGGAGUAUGAAAGCUUCUCCACCAUCCUGGUCGAUGGCAGAUUGGACAGGGAGCAGAGGGACCAGUAUAACCUGACCAUCCAGGCCAAGGAUGGGGGGAACCCUUCUCUACAGUCCACCAAGUCCUUCACAGUCAGGAUCACAGAUGAGAAUGACAACCAUCCCCACUUCUCCAAAACCUUCUACCAAGUCAUUGUCUCCGAGAACAACACCCCCGGGGCCUUCCUGCUGGCGGUGUCAGCCAGGGACCCCGAUCUAGGAUUAAAUGGCAGUGUGUCCUACCAACUGGUGCCCUCCCAAGUCAGAGACAUGCCAGUCUUCACCUAUGUGUCCAUCAACCCCACCACUGGGGACAUCUAUGCCCUCAGGUCCUUCAACCAUGAGCAGACCAAGGCUUUUGAGUUUAAGAUUUCUGCCAAAGAUGGGGGGACCCCACCUCUCCAGAGCAAUGUCACUGUCAGAGUCAUAGUGGUGGAUGUAAAUGACAACACCCCAGUGAUCACUGCGCCCCCACUGGUCAAUGGCACCUCGGAGGUCUACAUCCCCAGGAAUGCUGGCAUGGGCUACCUGGUGACUGUGGUCAAGGCUGAUGACUAUGAUGAAGGCGAGAAUGGCAGACUGUCCUAUGAGAUCACCGAGGGGGACAGGGGCUUCUUUGAGAUUGACCAAAUGAAUGGGGAGAUCAGGACCACCAGGACCUUCGGGGAGAACUCCAAGACCACCUAUGAACUGAUUGUAGCUGCUCAGGACCAUGGGAAGCCAUCACUCUCUGCAUCUGCCUUGAUUCUCAUCUACCUGUCCCCGGCCCUGGAUGCCCAGGAGUCCAUAGGAUCUGUCAAUUUGUCCCUGAUUUUCAUCAUUGCCCUGGGAUCUAUUGCCGCCAUCCUCUUUGUCACCAUGAUCUUUGUGGCUGUGAAAUGCAAGAGAGACAACAAGGAGAUCAGGACCUACAACUGCAGAAUAGCGGAAUACUCCUAUGGCCACCAGAAGAAAUCCAACAAGAAGAAGAAAAUCAGCAAGAACGACAUCCGCCUGGUGCCUCGGGAUGUGGAGGAGACGGAUAAAAUGAACGUGGUGAGCUGUUCCUCCCUUACUUCAUCACUAAACUACUUUGACUACCACCAGCAGACCCUCCCGCUUGGCUGCAGGCGUUCCGACAGCACCUUCCUCAAUGUGGAGAACCAAAACACCAGGAAUGCUGGCUCCAAUCAUGUCUACCACCACACCUUCACCAACCAGAGUCCUCCUCAGCCCGACCUCAUCAUCAACGGGAUGCCUCUACCCGAGGUUCAGUUUGUUGACCUAGACUGGUCCCGUGACCAAGAUGGCGCCAACAACCAACACUCUGAGCUCAUGCUACAUCCCAGCACCAAGUUCCGUCUUUGA